AUGGUGGCAGAAGAAGACAUUCACAAGAUAGCCUUCAUGUGCCCAGGGCACAUAGGUGCUUUUGAAUAUACUGUAAUGCCUUUUGGCUUGAGAAAUGCAGGAGCCACUUAUGAAAGAGCAAUGAAUUCUAUUUUCCAUGAUAUGAUAGGGCAUUCUCUGGAAGUAUAUAUAGAUGAUGUGGUGAUUAAAUCCCCAGAGAUGGGAAAUCAUGUAGGAAAUUUCUUAGGUUUCUUAGUCCACCAAAGGGGCAUAGAAGUUGACAAAAAUAAAGCAAAAUCCAUCAUAGAAGCUCUACCACCCCGGAACAAAAAAGAAUUGCAGAGUAUCCUAGGAAAAAUUAAUUUUCUAAGGAGAUUCAUAUCCAAUUAUGUAGGAAAAAUCCAACCUUUCUCCUCCUUGUUAAGGUUGAAGCAAGAGCAAACGUUUAAGUGGGAAGAACAACAUCAACAAGCCUUUGAGGAAAUCAAGCAUUACCUCUCAAAUCCACCAGUUCUGUCCCCACCAAAGAGAGGCAGGCCACUCAAACUAUAUGUUUAUGCAUCAGUGGCCAUUGGGAGUCUGUUAGUUGAGGAUAACAAUGAAGGAAAGGAACAGGCAGUCUACUAUCUGAGCAGAACUCUGACAGAAGUGGAAAGAAAGUAUUAUGCAAUUGAAAGGCUUUGUCUAGCCUUAUACUUCACUGCUGUGAAACUCAGACACUACAUGCUGCCAUACACCAUCUCCAUCAUUGCCAAGACAGAUUUAAUCAAAUAUGUUCCUCAGAAAGCUGUCAAAGGACAAGCUGUAGCAGAUUUGUUAGCAGAUCAUCCAGUUGAAGAGAUUGAAAAUAUGGACUCUUUGGAUAUAGCAAAUGCAGAUAUGUUGACUAGAGCGCAUACUUGCCUCAACAAUCCCAUCUAUUCAGUUAACCUCACACCUUGGAAACUGUACUUUGAUGGAUCAAAGACAGACAUAGCCUCCGAAGAAGGAAUUGUUUUAGAAGAACCACUAGGGAUCAGACACUGUUAUUCUUUCCAGUGCACCAACAACAAGGCAGAAUAUGAAGCUUUAAUUAUAGGACUUGAAAUACUAGUGGAAUUGGGAAUCCAAUCUGUGGAAAUAUUGGAGAUUCUAUGCUUGUGUUAA